GUACUGGCAGUGAAUUUUAGAACGCAGCCUGUAUAUACUGUGGUUUGGUGUUUGGCGUUUGGCAAUGUUUGGUAGUUUGGUGGUUUAAUGAGGUGUGGUGCGGUCUGCUGGUUCUAGUCUUCAUAGCUGCAACAAUUGUUAAAUGCGCUCGCAAAUUAUUAUUCAUGUCACGGUUUUAUGAAUCGGAAGAAACAUCACAACGUCUGAAACGUCGUUUUGAAAAGUGGACAAUGUAUAAUAAGUGGACAAUUAGUAAUAAUUAUCGUUGGAACUUUUCCAUGGAUCAAUUAUUCUGCGAUCUUAUACAUGAAUGUAAAUAUGUGGCACCAGGAGCGCAAUUGACUUACGCUUUGAGAAAUCGUUUAGAGAAAUACAAAAGAGAAGUACGAAAAAUGAUUGUAUCUCACAUGAAAGAUGGCUGUGCUCCAUUGUUCAUUGCCUGCAAAAGAGGGCAUGUAGAGAUUGUCGAAUAUCUCUUAAAGAAAUGCGACGCGGAUAUCGAACAGAGGGGAAAAUACGAAGUACCCGACGAUAGAUCAGUUCAUUGUGUUACCCCAUUAUGGUGUGCUGCAGUAUCUGGAAAUUUAGAAGUUAUAAAAUGCCUUAUAUCACAUGGAGCUGAUGUGAAUGCAGUCUCUGAUUCUGGAUCUACACCUGUUAGGUCUGCAUGUUUCAUGACUCAUAUGGAUAUUGUCUCGUAUUUAGUGGAAAAUGGCGCCGAUAUACUAAAAGCAAAUUAUAAUGGCGGAACAUGCUUGAUAAAUUCUAUACAAAGCGUGGAUUUGUGCACUUUUCUUUUGGAACACGGCGCGGAUGUGAAUGCGACGGAUAUUCAAAACAAAACUGCCUUGCAUUAUGCCAUUCAAGAACACAGAUUUCGAACUACCAAACUGCUUUUAGAACAUAAUGCAGAUCCUCAUCUCAGAUCUCGAUAUAACGAUGAUGCCCUCCAGACUGCCUGCCUUAAAGGAGCCGUUCAGAUAUUUGAAUAUUUAGUGGAAAAUGUAUCAUAUUCCGCGGAAAGAUUGGCAGAUGCAAACGAGCUAAUGGGAUCCACAUUCUUCGAUGAUCAUAGCGAUACGCCAAUAGCAUUACAGUAUUGGAGGGCGGCGAUGGUCCUCAGAAUAGACAACUCAAGUGACAGAGUGCCUUUGCCAAAGAGACCUGUGUUACCAAAACGCGAGAUUUACAAAAACGCUGUAGAAUUUUCAACCAUGGAAGAAUUAAACGCCAUUUCGCUCGAUUUAGACGCAAUACGAAUACAGAGUUUGUUGAUAUGUGAAAGGAUAUUAGGUCCACAUCACAAAGAUACUCUUUUCCGAUUAAUGUUUAGAGGCGCAUCGUACGCAGAUUCUUUUAGAUAUCAACAGUGUAUAGAUUUGUGGCAUCGAGUGUUAGAAAUUAGAAUUGAAAAGGAUUCAAUUUUAUAUGCAGAUACCUGCUUCACUGCACAAGCUCUUGUAAGACUUAUGGUGGAUCUAAAUGAAAAAACAUUGGAAGUAAUAGAUCGUAAUCGAGGAAUACCAAGAUUUUGUGAUGUAGUAGCGAUAUUUAAAUUACUCUCUAGCCAGCUGACGGAAGCUAGAGAAUUAUUGGAAAAACGUCCUGUACAUAAGAGGCAGAGAGACAGUUAUGAACGUAUUCUAAAAUGUGUAACGCACCUAAUUUAUCUCUUAGUAGAAACAGCAAAUUCUGAUGAAGAGAAAAUUUUAAUGCACCUACUAGUUCAUCGUUUAGUAAAACAAAAUCCAAGAUCUGUUUACACAGAGGACACGCUUCUUCAUCUUUGUGUUUCUAGUUUAAAUACAAUUAAUUCUAGUUACUUUACUUCUGCCGACGAUAUACAUACAAUUUUUCCACGUUUGGAUGUUGUUAAAUUACUUUUGGAUUGUGGAGCAUAUGUCGAUGCUAGGAACACAUUGCGUUCAACACCUUUACAUAUAGCAAGCAACGCGUACAAUUUCCACAAUCCUCUGAUAAAAUUGUUGCUGGAUUAUGGCGCACACUUAGAUACGCCAAAUAAAGCGGGAGAUACACCACUACGACUGAUAUCCUCUAAUCCGCUAAAUAGCGUGAAUCUCCUUAAUUAUACUAGUCUUCAGUGUCAAGCCGCACAGGCUGUUUGUAAAUACGGAAUCUGCAGCACAGAAUUGCCUGUUACAUUACGGCAUUUCCUAGAACUUCAUAGGGAAUGAUACCAAUGACCGCUAUCGAUAACUUGAACGCACGCGAUGCACCUGAUUGGCACACGUGAACUCCAAUGCCGCUCAUACUCGCAAAAUAGACAAUUCGUUUAACAGAGAAUAACAGAACUUUAAUAAAAUUAAGAUUAUACACAAGAGAACAUACAUGUAUUAUAAGACUAGAAAAUUUUUUUCUUAAUUUUACUAAUAUUAAAUCAAAGUAAACAAAAAAUUGUCAAUGCAAAAAUGUUGUAUUACAUUGAUUUAAUGCUUAAUAUUUAUAUCUAAUGUAUGAAUUCUGGAAUUUGUAUGUUUUUUAUUCUCUCUUUUGAUUGAACACGAUAACAUGACCCAGAUAUGCUAUUCAGGAUUAUUUGCAAGAUGUAAAUCCUGAAUUUUAAUUAUUAAGAUUUACUGCAGUUUAUUAAUUUUUUUUCAUGUAUUUAAUUUUAAGCAUACUAUUUGUACUUUACCUGUUAUUAUCUGCAAUGCGAAGAUUAUAAUAUAUAUUCGAAACGUUGAAAAUAAUAAUAAAUCAAGUUGGCUAACAUUGAAUUUGGAAAGUGCAAUAUUAAAAUUAUGAAACUGAAAAAUUAAAGCAUAAUAUUACAAACUCAAAGCAUAAUAUAAUAUACAUAUAAUAUUUUAAAUUGAUCUUUCUGCAGAUUUGAUCUCAAUUAUAAUUCAAGCCAAAU